UAGCUUUUAGUCAGUUACUGGCAGGGGAUUUUUCUUUGUGUAUGUGUGUGUGUGGUGGGGGGGGAGGGGAAAAUCAGGGAAAAAUAUUUAAGAAAUAAAUACAGAAGAGAGAAGAUUAAAGAAAUUAAUACAAGAAGCACUGUAAUAAGUGCUGAGAGAUACAAGAAAUGGCAUUAAGACCUUUCUAGUUCAUUGUCACACAAUGUUUUAUUCAAUAGAAUAAUAUUUAUUAAACAGCAUUACUGUUAUUGGUAAACUGCAGUUUUAGCUGUAUAUAAUCAAUCUGGUUUAUUUUUUCACUUGAUAGAUAAUUUUAUGCUCAUUUUAUUAGAGAUUAAUAAUUCAAAAAGAAAGGCAAAAUUGAAGUAGUUUAUCAUAAUAUACUAUCAGUGUAUCUUGCCAAGCUGAAAUAACAGAGCAGAGUACAAUUCAUCAAUUGAGUCCUUGUUCAAAAUAUUUAUAAGUGUUUUCUAGCCGUUUGUUUUUUAUGAAGCACAUUUACAUUUUCAAUCUGUGCUAUUUUAGUACAAGAUGCACAUCUGUCAAGGCAACAAAGGACAUUUUAAAAGACAUGAAUGAUUUUUUAUUUUCAUAUAGAGAUGAUAUUCAAAAUUGCACACUUUUGAAUCUAAAGAACCAUGGCGUUUGUAAGUUGUUGUGUUCAUCACUUUCAGUUGUCAACGCUGUAGUAAAAACUUUAAAAAAUUUACUUUCUGCCAUUACAUGGCAUCACAUGGCUGACCUUUCAUGGAUAAAAAUAUGAUUCAGUAGAAGAAUUUUAAGGUUCAAUACUAUAGCAAUAUUCAUUACUACAAAUUGAAGUCUUAUCUUAAAAACUUCUUAUAAGUAUUGCAAAGUAUUUGUAUCUAAAAUGAAGGGAGCUGCUUGUACAAUUUCUAGACAAUUAAUUGUUGUUUUUAUUUGUUUUUUCCAGUUCAUUUGCAGAAAAAGCAGGGUAUUUCAACAGAUGUGCAUCAUAGACCUAAGUGCAGCACAAUUUGUUGGAUGAAGAGGGCAAGAUAAUAAAAUAAUAAGGAAAAAAAUUAAAAGAAUAAAUGAAAUAUUGAUCCAACUAGUAUCUAAAAAAUAGUUUUAUAUAAAUAUUUAACUCAGUCUUUAGCAUUCUUCUCAAUCUCCACCAUUAUUUUCUCCAGGUGGUUUAUGACAGCAGGCUGCUUCAUGAAGACCCUUACUCAGUUCGUCUUCAGAACUACAGCAUACUUUGAUUCUUCUAAAACCACCUGCAACUUUUCAUCCCCAAUGAGAAACAUUGCUUCAUCGUAAGAGGGCGGUGGUGCCUCUGUGGGGCCACUGCUAUCAUGCGAUGCUGAAGCGCCCAUCAAAGCUUCAUAUGUCGGUGGCAAUGUUACUGUACUUGGAUUACGAAUGACACAUCCUGAUUGUUGAUUCCUUGACUGCUGUGCUAACUCCUGUAGUCCCCGAAGAAGUGCUCGUUGCCGCAAUAGCAUUUGAAUAACACUUUUCUUUCUUAAAUACAAAACACUUCUCACAGCUAUCACGAGUCCGGAACAAAUGAAUACUGGUCCUACUAACCACACAUGUCCCAGAUUUGUGAAUAAAUAUCCGCCGGCAUCACCGAAAACAAGUACCGUAAUGAGUGUUCCAAGAACAAAUAGUACAAUCGACAGAGCAAAAUACGAAUAAGACCUGCAAUCACAUCGUCCGAAUGUCGAAGGUUCGGGAUAUAACUGAUCCAUCUGCCGAAGUCUUUGCCUCAAAUAAGCGUUUUCGAGCACUGAUGACAUGAUUCAAAGUGAAAAAUAAAGUAACUAAAAAACACAAGCAGUGCAAUACCUAUCACUUCCGAUUCAAAACAAGCAACACAACAAAAAUGAGAAUCUUCAAGGCCAUUCAUGUUUUGAAGACAGCAUUGCCAUCUAUUGGUAGAUGAAAGCAAUAUUUACUGAAAACAUCAGAAACAUUUUCAUGACAGCCAACUUGUGCAUCUCUAUACUGUGUGAUAUAUACUCUCUGUUGUGCAUUGUGAUAGGAAGUAUAACAGAAGAUUUUAUGUCAUUAUGAAAAUCAUAUAUUAUUUUACUUUAUAUAUUUUAUGUGUUAUUUAUGGAUCCAAUUAAUGUGUGACAUACAUUGAUUCUCUACUGUGCAAUCCGUGGGGUCAUAUUUAAUUUUCAAGUCUUUCACAGCGAUAUCAAUGUGGGCUGUCAUAUGACAUCCACUAAUGAGUAUCGAGGGCGAGUAACAAUUGUGGGGUUUCGUGGGUGGAUUGUGACGUCUUAAAAUUCAACAUUCGAACGAAAACAUGGAUGUAAUAUUAAGAAAUCUGUUGAUUGCGAGCAUCCUAUUCAGUAUUGGGGACGCUUUCAGUGACCCAAUUGAUGUAAUUCUUUCACACAAUGGGCCUGUGGUAUUGGGUGCCAAUAUAACUAUAACUGCAAAAUUAAUUGACGCUCUUAACCAAGCACCUACUGGAGAAUUUGCUUAUGAAUGGCAUGACAAUGCUUACCCUCAACACCGGAACCAUAUAUUGGAAACACGUAAUGCAACUAUUGAAUGGAAUAUAUCAUACCCAUCAAAUCGUUAUUCGGCCCAAGAAUAUGAAGUGACAGUCUUGGUGUACAAAAAAAAAAUAAUCUACAUUCAAGAGGCACAUGAAAAAAUUAGAUUUAAUGUGACAGAAACUUUAAAUGGAAGAAUACAUAUUGAACAGAAUGAUUGGAAAGAAGAAGAGUUUUUCGUGUCCAAUGCAAGUCCUGUGAAACAUAAUAUCAUGUUGUCAGAACCUGACCGUAAUUUUAUAGCCAAUAAUGCCACCAGUGUUUUAACAUUUUGGUUUGUGGAUUGUGUUUACUAUGGAUAUUCGACUGACUUCUCAUUUGUUUUUAAUUACACUGAGGAAAAAACGUACACUGUUGAAACACUUGUGGUAGCUUCUUUUGAUGAUCCUCCUCCAGUUUCUACUACAACCACUACUUCCACUUUCACUACUUCAAGUUCUACCACAACUACUCCAGCUACUCCAGUCAUUUCUACAUCUCGCUCAUCCAGUCCAGUGAGUGAAGCAAUUCCCAGGUCUAAAAUUAUUUUAAAAACUAAUGGGUCUUCAUCAGUAGAAAAUACUUUUACUGAACAAAUAUUUGUGGCUACUGAUUCAACUGACAGUAGAAAAUUAUCUACUGCAUCAAAAGAGACAUCAACUCCAAUGGUUUCAGAAGACUCUUUGACAAAUGAUGGGGCAAAAAUCUCUCCAGUGUUAAGUAGCAUGAUCUCCAAAGAAGCUGUGCUUGUUCAAAAGCGACAUGUAGAUAAUACCAAUAUCAUUUUAAAUUCCAUAAGGAAUCUUUCUUUUAAUAAUUAUUUGCCAAAUGAAUGUUUAAAUAAAACAUUUAUACCAUCGGAUCCAAACAAAACGUAUGGAUAUUUCCGAAUCCAGAUAUCUGCUAAAGAAGGAUCUAACUUCUUGAAUCUCAUUGAAAAUGCUGUAUCAUAUGCAUGUCCUUUUACAGUCCCCAUCACUAAAGUGAAUGUGAAAGGUAACAAUUGGCUUCAGUUUGGUGAUGUACUUAACCUGAGUAUUUCUUGUAACGGUUCUGCAAAAUUUCAACACUGUACCAAAAUUAAAGUUGGUGUGCACAAUGUAACAGGUUAUGAAAAUUGUUCUUCACCUUUGCAAGGUGAUGUCUGUAAUUUUACCCUAACUCAUUACUUCCGUGAAGCUAACACAUACACAUACAUUAUUGUCAUUAUGAAUGAUGUUUCUAAAGUGGUUACUCCAGCAGUGAUAAGAAUGUAUAAAGUUUCAGUCCAACCUCAGUUAUCUGUCAUAGUGGUGCCUGUUACCUGCAGUUUAUUGGCUAUCAUUAUUAUUGUUUUUGGUGUUGCAUAUUAUGUUCAAAGCCAGAACAGAUACACUGUUGAAGUUGCUGAUUUUGACUUUGGUCAAGCUAAUGACAUGGAAUACAAAUCAUUUUAUGAGAGACUAAGAGAAGAUAUAAGUAAUAUGUUCAAUCGUUCUGGUGAUUUUCUUGGACAACGGAAUAAGUACGACAAUAUGGAAGAAUCAUAAUUUUUUGAAUGUGAUAUUGUGACAGAGUAUGAUAAGUUUAGUGCUCUAGGCCUUUUGAUCCCUUGGUGGUGUGCUAUAAUUUCCUUGUAUAUUUUUACUUUUUCUCAUUGUACUUAUAUCUGUGAUGUGUGUUGAAGAGAAAUGUUGGAAGUGGAUAAGUGACUACAUUUGAUUUUAAAUAUAAUGGAAUGUCUCUCAUAAUUUUCUGAAGAAUGAUGGAGAAGUUGGGAAGAUAAAAGCAUUGUUUCAUGCUUUUUUUGCAAGACAGACAGAGAUGUUGGAUCUUAAGAUUUGCAAUUCAGACAUGUUCCGAACUUGCUAAACAAUGUUUGAAAAAACAAGUGCUACAAAAGUAAUUAUCUGUGAUUAUGUUUAAUAUAUUAACUCAUUAAAAAGUGUAGUGUUAAAAAAUGUAUAUUAAAUCAAUUUGGAAGGAUUAAUCAAAUGUCAUAAAUGUUCAGGCAAUAUUUGUCUUGAUAUUUGUUUGUAAAUAAUGUACUAUAUGUUGGCUUGUAAGUAUACAUUGCAUUUAACGAAGUGAAUUGAGGGAAGUGAUUCUUCUCAACCUUUUUUUUUUUCUUUCUUACAUUUCUCUCUCUCUCUUUCUCUCUUUCUCUCUCUUUCUCUCUCUCUCUCUCUCUCUCUCUCUCUUUCUCUCUCUCUCUUUCUCUCUCUCUCUUUCUCUCUCUCCUUUUUUGUUGUUCUUUUUUUCCAAUGAAGAAACAAUUGUGAAUGAUAAAAUAAUUGUAAGUUAUGGUUCUAUAAAGGCUCAGAUUUACCUGCUUUUAAUGCAGCUUACUUUGUUUCUCAGUAGACUGUCUUUCAUUCAUAUUACGUGUAUUUUUACAUUAUGUAAUCAUCAUGAAAUUUUUCACAUUUUUAAAUAUGUAGUUUAAUGUGAGACUGAUGUGAAGUGUCCUUUAGCUUGUCCCUAUAUUUUAAAGAUACCUCUGUUAUUAAAUAAGGAGUCCAGUGUUUCUAAUAGCAGCAUUGAAUUAUUUCUUCUAAAGUAAAGAUGGAGUUAGGCGUGAUUUCAUUCUGAAAUAUAUUUUAUAUUUGCAACUAUUGUCACAGUAGGAGAAAAUUUAUCCAUCCAUUUGUAAUGUUGUACAGUAAGUAUGGGUAUUUCAUGAUUCUCGAGAACAUAUUUUUACAUACUGAUUUCUAAACAGUAAAAAUUGAGACAAUAGGUAAGUGUGUGGGCCUACACAUUCAUGAAAUAUGAAAAGAAAAGGGUCAUUAUAUUUUGCUGUUGGUAAUAUUUUAUGUAUUCUUGAUAUGUUUGUUGGUUUAUGAGUUUGAAGUCCAAGAUAUACUUCUGAUAUCAUGGGCAGGAUAUCAGAGACAUGUAAGAUGUAAAUUUUGUGAGAAACUUUCUGUUGUUGGUGAAAAUGUUUGCAAGAUGAUAAUGAAACAUUUUUCAGGAAAGCUUACUACUAGCUGUGUGUACAGUGUAAUUGAGUUUCUGAGAUAAAAGUAUUCAAUUUUUCUGUCUUUGCUGAGAGCAUUUAUGUAAUGUGGUGUGUGUGUGUGUGUGUGGGGGGGGGGGGGGGGCCAAUUUUUGAGAGAUAACAAAUUAUGAACAAGAAUAUUUUGCUAAUAAUUAUCUGUGUAGUUGCAGAACAAAAUGAUCAUAAAAUGAUUCUUACACUUUCAAAAGUAAUUUUCUUCUUUGAAUAAUAAAGAAUUUGCAUAUUACCUAUUUGUAGAUACAAUAGAUUUCAAGUUAUCUGUGGUUGUGUUUUAAGUAUCAUUUGCUUUUAGUUGAUGUUUAAAAUAAAGAUAUUUAUAUGUUAUUGAAUUUUUUUUUUAAUGUUUCAAAAAGUUUAUAAUGUAAAUUUUAAAAUUAAUUCUGGUGCGAGAGAGUGUGAUACUUUUAAACCUUUUUUCGAACAUUGAGUAAAACCUCUGAAUGAUAGUGACUUGUGUGAUUUCCUACAAUAUUGUUAUAUAUUUUUAGAUAAGAUAAAUUGCAGAUAACAUUUGUGAAGUGAGAAUUUACAUCAAUUAUUACCAAAUAUAUUUAUAAUAUGAACAUUAUUUUCUAGUGUCAUUUUCAAACUUUACGUAUUUUCUAUAAUUAUGUUUAAACCAUUAAUUGGAAUUAACAGGCACAUAUUUGGGCAGCUGUUAGCAUCAAAAUCUCAUUCUCCCUUAGACAGAAUUUUUCGCUUAUUAGAAAAAUAUAUUUGAAUAUUUGUAAUGACAAGAAGGUAUCAUAUCUAUGUUAUUAGUUAUUUCCUUUAAAUUAUCCAAUAUUAUUGUGCCAUGAGAGUGCUACGUGAAUGUAGUAAAAACUGAUAAUGUGCUCUUAGAUUUUGUAAAUCACCAUUCC